AUUUAAUUAUGUUAACUUAUGCCUAUAAUCAUGAAACUUCUAACAAUCAUGAAGAAUUAUCAUUUGCCAAUGUAAAUUUAAUAUUAAUAUUUCAGCAACAAUUGAUUCUCUAAGCAUUAUCUAAUAUGCCUUUAUAAUUAUAAUAGAAGGAAAAAACUCUGUAAAUAGAGAAUACAAAGCUAAAAAAUGAAAAUAUAGAGCUUUAAUCUUAGCUCAAUAAAUUAGAAAAUAAACACCAAGAAUUAAUUAAUGAAGUAAACAUAAAAUAUAUUCUUAGAUUUAAGAUCUGAGAUAGUUAGUGAAAAGAGUCUAUUAAGAAGGGGAAGUAUAAAUUUAGUAUUAAAAACAAAAAAAUGUACGAUUUUAAUAAUUUUAAGCAACAAUUAGAAUACAAAAAUGAAAGUCUAACAAAGGCUUUGGUGAAUUUACAAAAUAAUUUAGAAACUUUUGCUUAAUUAAAAAAUUUGUCCGAUUUUUUUGAUGGCAAUGAGAUUUAAGAGAAGAAUUUAAUUGAAAAUGCUUCUAUUUAAUGA